GACUUAUUUUUUCCAGGCGAUGUGAACGCAGCUGAUCCUAUCACGUGACUGACAUCAGCUGAUCAGCACAGCAGGCGGAAGCGAAUGAAACUAUGGUGGUUCUACUGAGCAGACUCCUGGACACAGACUGCCUGAACCUAUGUCACAGGGUGGUGGAUGGAAUGUGUGGACGAGAGCCUCCCCUCAGGGAUGAUUACAGCACCACCUGGAGCCUGCAGGAGUGGCUGGAGCUGCUCAACUCCCUGACAGCCCUGUUCUGCCUGGCAGUGAAGAGCAGCAGCUCGGAUGAAGAGGUGUUGGCCAAGUUGUCAGAUGUCAGUAGCCGCCAUGCAGAGGCUGUGCUGAGUGUGCUGAGAAGCAGACAGGAGGAGAUCCGCCAUGCUCUACUGGACAGAACCAACUCUAUCUCCUCUGCUACUCUGCAGGACUUUGAGUGGCAGCUUAAGUUAGCGCUGUCCAGUGACAAGAUAUCAUCUCUUCACACACCACUGCUAAGCCUCAGUCUGGAUGUGAGAGAGAAUGGAGCCCUCCAGCCUGUCACCAUGGAGUUAAACAAAGAGGAGCUAAGCAAGCUAAUCAGCUCACUAGAGGCUGCUAAUAAGGUGGUGCUGCAGUUAAAAUGAUGGCAAGAUGGAAACCACAGAACCACAAGUUGUUGUCAAUGAGAAUGAAAGAAAUUACAACUGCUACAGACAAUGACAGUUUUUCCAAUGUAAUAUGGAUUGGAUGAGCUCUGUCUUUGUGAGUUGGUCAUGCAUUAGCAGUGAAAUAGUCUUAUGUUUUUGUAAUGCACUGUGUUGAAUGAUAGUGUUGAAUAAAUGUUUCAUUUCCUUUUGA